UCAGAAAGCAGUGACUCUACUCUAGAAAUCACAGCAAAAGUGGAAAUUCUGGAUUCACAACCUGAAAGUUCCGGAUUUGUAAGAGAUGUUGAAAAGUGUCGGUCAGAUGAAGCCGCAUGCAUCCACUCGCGCUCCUUAUGAUCGUGGUGGCCGUGAUGCAGAUGCAGCCAAGUAUAUAGCCCUCUGUUUCUAUUUCUAAAAAAAAUGUGGUAGAAAAGAAACCGUGAAAUUGACGCCGGCACAGGCAGCAGCUGCUACUGCGGUAACCGAACUCUUCAGCUGCCACGAUUUUGCGAGAGUGAGACGUGACCUGACCACACCACCUGCAACUCCAAACAAUGUCAGCUUGACCCUUAACGCGCCCCGCCUACUCCGGCAGCCGGCUCGACGCGGCGGCAGCACAACCUCGACUUCUCCGGCAGCCGGCUAGCAACGGGAAGAAGGCGAGUUCACCUCUAUCGUCUGCCAAGCCCUAGCAUUCUAAUGUCUGAACCCUUACCUAGUUUGCUCGCGACAGGACGGUGCUCGGUUCGCCUGGCACCUGUUCGACGAAACGCUUCUUCAGCUGUCCGCUGACAUAUUGCUACAAUACGAGCCUUAGACUCUGUUACUACUAAGCAUUAUGUGCCAUCUUCUGACUAGGAUAGCUUUUAAUGCAUCAAUCAGACAAACCGGGAGGAAGACAAUCCUGUUCCUCGGUUCCUGACUUCCUGUCGUAACAUUGCUGCGAAGAGAAGGUUCACUUGAGCAGUUUAAGGACCUGAAGUUUUCUUGAUGCACGCGCCUUUCCAAAGUGAGUUCAUGGAUGGAUUCUGGACUCUGGUGCACCGUGCACACCAUUAGGGAACCACAUUCCCUUCUUUUCGUAGAGCUGCUUUGUCCAACGAACUGGUGAUGCUUGUAGCUUUCCAGUGCACUGAUGAUUCGAGUGCAGAGUGCACUCCACUCAAGGUAUUGAUACAAAGCCGUUUUCAGCUGGUGCCAGAGACAAAACAAGUAUGCAGGGGCAUAAUAUGUAGCACCACCACUGUCUUCCACCGUUCCACUGCAUGAGCUCUUCCACAAACUCAGACAGCAGCAAUCAUUCCUGUGUUCUUCAACAAAGCAAAGAGUAGCUCCAGCUUUGAGUUGGUCUGAACCCGCCAAGGGCGGCACGGCACCAGCAGUGAGAUGGCGAGUGCUGUGCCGGAGCUCAUCACUGGCAAGUUUGGUGAGCUUGUCUGGGAUGAGGCUACGCUGCUUUGGAGCUUCAAGGACGACGUAGGCGACCUGAAGGAGACAAUGGAUUUGCUGCAAGCCUUGAUGCAUGAUGCUGACAAGAGGCAGAAGAAUCAAUAUGAAGGGAAGACUGUGCAGCUUUGGAUGAAAAAGUUCAAGUCUGUCGCUUAUGAUGUUGAGGACUUGCUGGAUAAGUUAGAGGCUAUUCAACUCAUUAAGCAGACCCAAUCAAAGAUGAAGCUAUUCUUUUCCUCCUACAAUCCACUUUUAACGCAGUUGACCAUGGCUCAUAAAAUAAAGAAGUUGAAGAAGGAGUUAGCCAUCAUAAAGGAAGAUGGUCAUCACCUCCAUCUUGUGCCCAAUUACAACACACCAAGGUUAGCCGAACAGAGUACAAAUGGAGAUACUGUUGCAUGGACAAAUGAGGAUGUAGACAUUGAAAUGAUAGGAAGAGACACUGAAAAAGAAAACAUAAUGAAGCUGCUAUUGAGAAGUGAAGCUGAGGAGCAUAUCUCGAUCAUUCCUAUUGUUGGACUUGGUGGACUUGGGAAGACAACACUGGCCCAAGCUGUUCUUUCAGACAAGAGAGCCAAAAUCUUUGAUCUACGAGUAUGGGUCUUUGUUUCUGCAAAUUUUAAUUUGUCCAGAAUUGGAGCAAUAAUAUCACAUACAUGUAAAAGUAUUGGUAGCUUAACAAGUGAAAGAUAUACUGAAAAUGAUGAUUUGCAAACCAUAAUAGAACAACUGAAAACUAUUCUACCAUCUAAAAGAUAUUUGAUUGUUUUGGAUGAUAUAUGGGAGGAAGAUGAAGAUAAUUUGGAAAAGUUGCAGCAAAUGCUACAGUAUGGUGGGAAGGGAAGCAAGAUCAUACUGACUACACGUAUACAACGUGUUGUGGAAAAGCUGGAUGUCUCUGUUCUAGCGAAGCGAAGAAUAAUCUGCCCUGUGCGCAAGAGUGAUCAUGUCAAUUUGAGCUUUUUAUCUGAGGAUGACUGUUGGAAUGUGAUGCGACAAAGAGCAUUGGGACAUAAUGAUGGCAUCAGUAGAUUAGAGAGCAUUGGAAGAGAGAUCUCUAGGAAGUGCGGGGGUCUACCACUACUAGCCCGUUCUCUUGGAUUUUUGCUCUCCCAGAAUAAGUCUACAGAAGCAUGGGAAGAUAUACGGGAUAGGGAGAUUAUUUUGGGUAUGACAGAAGACCAUCAAACAUCAAAGACUUUGAAGAGUCUCAUGUUGAGCUAUUACUACAUGCCAUUCGAAGUCAAGUUGUGCUUCACAUACUGUGCAGUUUUUCCCAAGGGCUUUACUAUUGCUCGUGACCACUUGAUCCAGCAAUGGAGGGCCCUUGGAUAUGUUCAAUCAAUUGAUGGCCAUCAUUGUAUCAGUUAUUUGUUGGGAAUGUCAUUCCUUCUUAUUUCAAAGUCUUCUCAGAGUUCUCGAGGGGAUGCCGUAGCUCCCAACAAGGUUACCAUGCAUGAUUUGGUGCAUGACCUUGCCAAAAUAAUAGCUGGCACUGAGCUAAUUGUUUCAGAUGCUUCAGAAAAAAUGGCAUGGAGUGGACUUGAAAGGCGUUAUAACAGGCAUAUGCGGCUAAUGAAUUAUCAGAAGCAGUCAAAGGUUGUCAAGGAAUUUCCAAGCAAAAUCAGAUCUCUCCAUUUUACAGAGUGCAGCAGAAUGAAUCUUCAACGAAAAUCAUUUUCUUCAUCCAAGUAUUUGCGUGUAUUGGACCUAAGAGGAUGUUUCAUCCAAGGGGAACAUGUUCCAAGCAAAAAACUGCUGCUAUCCUCCAUUCAUCGACUGGUGCUGUUAAGGUAUCUUGAUGCCUCAGGUUUGCCAAUGGCAGCACUUCCAAAGAACUUGCAUAAACUUCAAAAUAUGCAAACUCUGAUUCUGUCCAACUGUGCACUUGAAAGUGUGCCCGAUAAUAUUGGUACCCUUCUCAAACUUUGUUAUCUCGACCUAUCUGACAAUAGGAGCCUUAGUAAGUUACCCAUAUCAUUUGGGGAGCUCUCUGAACUCUCGUUCCUCAAACUCUCAGGGUGUUCUAAUCUUGAAGAAUUGCCUGAAUCAAUUCACAAGCUUGAAUCCUUACGGCACCUAGACAUGUCAGAUUGUUGUGCACUGCGAAAGCUCCCUGAUAACUUUUGUGACCUUCCUAAACUCUUAUUCCUAAACUUGUCAAGUUGUUCCAAACUUGUCAAACUUCCUGACAGUGCUGACCUCAAGACUUUAGAGCAUCUAAAUCUAUCCGAUUGCCAUGACCUACAAAACCUGCCCCGAGAUUUUGGCAAUCUUUACAAACUCGAGUUCUUAAACCUCUCUGAUUGUUACAAGAUUCAAGUGUUACCAGAUUCCUUUUGCCAACUUAAGCAUUUGAAAUACCUAGAUCUUUCAGACUGCCAUGACCUCAAAAAACUUCCUGAAUGUUUCGGUAACCUUUCUGCACUUCAAUCUUUGAACCUAGCAAGUUGUUCGAAGCUUCUAGCAUUGCCUCAGUCGUUCAAGAAUUUAUCUAAGUUGAAGCAUCUCAAUUUAUCAUAUUGCAUAAAACUUGAAAGUCUCUGCGAAUCAUUUGGUGACCUGAAGCUUGAAGUAUGGAAAUUUGUUGGUUGUGAUACUCUCAUUCAUAACGCUUUUAAUUGCGUGACUCACCUUCCAUGGAUUAAACCACGAUAUCGGUUUUUGUUGGGGACUCUUGUAUGGGCUUUGCCAGAAACUAAUAAGUUCGGAGCCCCUACCAUACAUCAUGUGCGCAAUGAGAGUAAUGAAGGGUGCAGCAGUAUAGUGGGGCUUAGGCAAUCAACUUGUCAAGAGCUAGAUAUUAGAGACCUUGAGAAUGUAUGUCAUCCAGAAGAUGCGCAGGGAGCUAAGCUGCGUGAUAAUCCAGAGCUUCGGAAGCUAACUCUUCACUGGUCAUUUAAUCAAGAUGCAGAGAAGAGUCGGUUGGUACUGGAGAACCUGAUACCUCCUUGUACUCUUGAAGAAUUUGAACUACAUUGGUAUGGGAGCAAGAGCUUACCUAACUGGAUGCUUGACAUUUCUUCCUACCUUCCUUAUCUCGUCCGCAUCCGACUCUUUUAUUUACAGACAUGUGAAUCGCUUCCCCCAUUAGGGCAGCUCCCAAAUAUUAGAGAAUUAGAUCUGCGUCAUAUGCAAAGCAUCAGGAAAAUUGGCAAGGAAUUCUAUGGAGAGGAAGGUAACUGUAAAAAGUUAAGAGCUAUAUACUUAGAUUCAUUGGAGAACUUGGAUGAGUGGUGGACAACACGGUCAGGUGAUGAAGAUGACGAGUUCUUAAUUCCUAAUUUGCAUCAGCUGCAUGUCUCCGACUGCCCAAAGUUGAGGUUCCUUCCAUAUCCGCCCAAAAGUAUGUAUUGGUACUUGAGUGACAGUGAUGAGGUGCUGCCAAAACAUGGAUUUAGGCAACUUUCAUCUUCCACUCUUCCUUUUCAAGUUGAAAUCAGAAGCAGGGACUGUUCUCAUGACAAGUGGAGUAGACUUCAGCACCUUGCACCCACCCUGGAGAUAUUGAAACUUACUAGUUUUUAUGGAAUGAGGACCAUGCCAGAGGUCCAUCCAUGCUUUCCUUUUCUUAGAAAUCUAUAUUUGGAUUUAAAGCACCUGGAGGUUCUACCGGAAUGGCUAGGAAAGAUCAGUUCCCUUGAAGAACUGCACAUCUGUAACAACAAUAAUCUGGCAUUCAUGCCUGAAAGCAUACGGAACCUUACUUCCUUGAAGAAACUGAACAUUAGGGAUUGUCCACGGCUGAUUGAGAGCUGCAAAGGGGAGCAUGCACAUAAGAUUUCUCACAUCCCAGAAGUUCUACUCAAUGGCCCCAAAUUUAUACCGGCACAGCCACUCGAAGUACCACAGAGCAAAUCAGGCUUGAAGAACCAUCCAGAACCAAGCUUGCAGAGCCAACCAAAACCAGAAAUGUUAUCAGACUUGCAAAGCGAAACAGAAACAGACAUGCAGAGCGAACCUGAAUCAGAUUUACGAAGCAAACCAACCAGGACAAGAAUCAGACUCGCGAAGUGAACCAGAAUCAGAUUUUCAGAGUGAACGAGAACCAGACUUGCAGAGAUAAUCAGCCUGAACAGAUAAUAUAUGAACCAACUCAACCCAGGACAAAAAGCAGAGAGGAAAUUGUUCAGAUUCCUGCAACUACUAAGUUUUCAUCCAGAGACU